UGUUUCUCGCAAAUUGUCCUUUGCCCACUUCAAAUCGACCCCUGAAAUUGGCUCUCCCACGAUUUCCUGUUCUUCGCUCCUCUCUCUCUCUCUCCUCCUUUCCCUCUUCCUCCCCUUCUUCGUCUACCUGCCGUCAUCUCCCCAUAGCGCGCGCAUCCUCUCUCUCCGCCUCUCUCGACGUAUCUCCAUCCUCCGGAAUAGCCAAUCCGUGACACAUGUCAAGGUCCGCCAUACCACCGCUGGCCACGCCGCCGCCGCUGCCCCCGCGGCCGGUUACCGCCACGGCCACCCUUCCCACCCCUCCCGAUGUCAACAGCCCUGAGUACAUCCCUCUGGAGGAGUUCCUGCUCGAGCUGGAGCCCCCCCCAGCGCCGGAGCCCCCGCGCUUUGGGGCCACCUCGCUUCCCCUGCAGGUGCUGGCCUACCGCCAGUGGCAGAGCCACCUGCAGCAAAAAACCUUCCGGCCCAGCUACCCAGCUCAUUCACUGCGCGCACACAUGGCCCACUCGGUGCGCCUGGUGGAGUUCCCCCGCCCGGCUACCGGGGGCGCCUGGCCGACCGAGCUAAAUUGGACCGGCUCACUGCUGUCUUCGGGAUCUGAGGCGUUCCAACGGAGUCAGGACUCUUCGCUGCCGGUCCCAGUGGCACCGCACCGCCUGGCAACCGAUGCCCCCGCUUGCAUCCACCUUCCGCGGGAUCCCUUUUCGGUUGAUGUCCUCCAAAGUGGCGAGGCGGUGGACUGCUUCGGAUACCAAGCGCGUAGCCUGCUAAACACGCGGGGGGGCUUGCUGAACCCCGGGCAUUUGACCGUUGGCUUUGCCCUGCAUCCGGCCCCUGGACAUCGUGCCUACACGGAUUUCGAACUCCCGGUCCCCGGGCUGUCGUACUUCCAGCCGCAAGCGGCAUUUGCGGCGAUUGGCCGCGGGUGUGGCCGUCUAUCUUCCCGAGUUUGGGCAUACAUGACAUCCAAGCCCAACCCGGUGGCCACGGCCAAUGUGUACAUGGUCCCGGGGCAGGUGGUAGCCGGCACCGGCAUUGCGAACACCAGUGUCCCCGUCAUCCACACGGUGACCACCACGGCCAUGCUCCCCGAGCCGGAGGGCAGCAAGGAGGGGUCUCGUGUGCGUGAGCUCCCUCCCCCAGGGACCUCCUUUGUCGCUCGACCGGUGGAAGCUGGCUUGACGUAUGUUCAAGGUCCGCUCUUUGGUGCGGCAUCGGUCAACAUCAGCCCCGGAGCCAUGACCACCGGUUUGGCUCCGGGCCGGCCCACCGGCAGCAUCGCCUUUCGCAUGGUGCAUGGCUAUGGAGCCGAAGAGGACCCGGUGACAGUGAGGCUCUUCUGCAAGGCGAUCCCCGGGCCUGAGCCCGAGACUUCGGCCCUGCUGUCAACUCGCCUGCGUCUGCUGCCAAACAUUUCGACCAGCCUCGCGGUUGACCUUCUCCGGAAGAAUGGCACCAUGGACUUGUGCGGGCAUGUGGGCGACAUCUUUAGUGUAGCGGCUCGAGUGAACCGGAGCUUCUCUUCGGGCGCCAGCAGUGAGGGGAUUCCCUUUUCCCUGGGGUUCCGGUACCUGCGGGCGUCGACCCCGCCCGUGCCGGUGGCCGCCCGGUCCCGGCGGGGCAUGCCAUCUGGUGAAACGCCAGCCUCCGAGCCGCCACUCAUUUAUGAGCUCUCGGCCCGCCUGGCUCCCAUGGAGCCGGCUCUGGAGGUCACCCUGUUCCAGGAAAUGCAGACCGGUCGCGGCCGGCUGCUGUCCUUUGGAGGAAUGCUUCGCUUCGCUGGGGCCGAGAUCCCGGCCUCCGUUUCCUCGUCGGACUCGGCCCAUGCGGGUGGGGACAAUGCCGCGCUCGCGGCACUCGGCCGGCAUCGGCAUCCCCGGUCGCCAGGGGCUUCCGAAGGGGUCUUCCGUGCAAGCGGCUCCUCCACGCUGGUGGACUCCUUCGACCAUUGGGUGGCCGAAACCCGCCGGGAGGGCGGCCUGCAGUUUGCCGUCGCCGGGCGCUGGCAGGCCACCCGAUCGACCACCCUCUCCGGCCAGGUGGACCUGCAUGGGCGCUUUGCAUCGCGUCUGACCUGGGUGCUGCCCUUCCAAUCGGUGGCGCAUGUUGGUUUGUCGGCCGGCUGGUGCGGGCAGGUCCUCUCCUCGAGUGAUGGGGCCGAGCAAUUCCCCCGUGGGAUCGGCCUGGGAUUGACGAUCAACCAAUUGUGAGGGGCCCCUCUCUCUCUCUCUCUCCCUCU